AAACAAAAUCCAUAGACAUGUACUCUUCUACCUAACUAUUAGAUUAAUUUAAAAACGUUGUUCAGCAAUAUAGUCUUGUUAAGUGCUGCAAUAAUUGAAAUAGAGACGCUUGGCUAACACCAUCUAACAAACAAUGUCAAGUUCCAAAAAGAGUCUAAUACGUAAUAUAAUACACGUCGUGUGAGUAUUUCGUCUACCUAUCCACUAUGUAGAAAAUCUAAUGGUUCUUAAGCUACAUGCGCCAAUGGCUGUAAUAUAUAAAAAUACGCUGAGACCAUUUAUUCUGUAUAUUUGUAAAACGUAUAGGUUCUCUCUCUAUACAGCUCUCUUUCAUUGACUGACAGUAACCAUUUUUCAUUAGUUUAUACAUAUUGAUUUUUGUCAUAAUAAGAUUCGCAGUGGAGUAAUUAUGCGCGCCUAUUAGAAAGUACCGUUAAGUUUUAAGCGCAGUUUUAUUUUACUAUUAUUGCAUUGUGAUCAUACGUCUCAGAACUGAUUAUUUUAUAAUGGUGCAAGUUGUAAAAUUUGAGUUACCCAAAUUGACAGAAGAGAUCUAUCAUGCAUUUUCAUGAAGCUUGGCAUGAAAUUGAACACCAUAUGAGACUUCGAGGUCAGCAUUUGGACUUGUCACCUUUACGAGACGUGGCCAGAAGCUAUACGGUAAUUCGUAAGGAACUUGUAAGACUGGAAAAAGAAAUUUCAAGGCUCACCGCACAGCGUAAAAAGAAAAGAGAUGAAAUACUCGAAGCACAAAUUAAACAGUUAAGCGAAGUCCAAAAGAAUGUGAAAAAAGACUUCUACAAGAUCGACGCAAUUUGUGCUCCACUGCUACUACAAAUACCUAAUACACCCUUAUGCAAGGAUAUCAAACCCGUAGCUCGUCUUUGCCGAACCUAUGUUCCGCCGAAGGAGUUCUCAUUUAAACCUAAGAAUCACGUCGAGCUAGGUGGUAGUAAGCUUCAAUUUAUGAACCAGACGCUGUGCUACUUACUUGAAGAUCUUGCAGGAUUGGAGCAAAAAAUAUGUUCCUUAUUUGUGGAAAGCUUGGACGCAUCGGGUCGUAUUCCGGUAUCCGGAGCAGACUUCGUUCUUGACACAGUUGUGGAAGGAGCCGCUACAGGCAACAACAUUGUUGUUGAGGAGCAGGAUUCAGGAGGACACCGGAUGCACUUAACAGGAGGAAGCAGCCUUGAGGCUUUUUGUGCUCAGCUCAUGAGACGGGAGAUCUCUGUCAGCACAAUGAGGCAGUACUGCAGUGCACGAUUCUAUAGAGAAGGUAGCGUUGAAGGUGGCCUCUACACUCUUUCACAGUCAACACGGGUCACAGCAUUCACAGGUUCAAGAAAAGAGGUUCUAUCAGAUGUGGAAGACUUGCUAACAUUAUUGGCUCAGUUGUACAUGGAUCUGGAUGUACCGUUCCGUAUGCGUUUAGUUGGGCCCCCUCACCUCUCAUUCGUAGAACAGUUGCGAAUUGACCUGGACGUGUGGAGCCCUGCCGCUCGUGAGUGGAAAGUUGUAGCACAUGUGGCUUCGCAUGGACAGUUUUUAUCUAGUCGACUGCAUAUGGUGAGUGCAAAGGAGCCCAUGUUUACAAUGUUCGCUGUCUGUGCCGAUGCCCAAAGGAUUAUCGCCCUUUUACUCGAAAAUCACCAAAAUGAAGAUGGCUCCUACACGCUACCUGGGAUUUUAAGUAAUAGAUCCUUUUGAUACGUAAUCCAUGUCAUUACCGCAAAUUUUUACAGGCUAUGUAAUGGCCUGUUUUUUGCUUUCUCUAUGGAGACUGUCAACGAACCCUAGGAACGCUUCCAUCGAAAUGUUUAAAACCAUAAAUGUAUAUGUAAACAUGCGCAUUGUUUUUCGUUCGGUGUUUAGCAUAAUCGUUAUGGUCAAAGUGGUUUCAACCAGGACGUGAUUUUAAGAGAUCGUGUGUUUAGCCAGCAUAUUUAAUAUUCUGGACAAUACAUUCGUAUUAAGUGCAAAAAACAGUGCAUUUUUUUCCUUUAAUGAUAAUGUGCAAUAUACGAUGAUCUUCGUAUCACUAAAAAGAACAAUUUGUAUUACCGCAUCAAGAAUCCUUUAAUAUUUUCAUUUAGACUCACCGUCUAUUGGAAAAAAAAUAAAGUAACUGUCAACAAUUUAGAUUUAGAAUAUAAGGCGUCUCUUUGUAAUUCCAAUAACCCUCAUUCAAGUAAUGAAAAUUUUAGCCAACAGAUAUUCGGGGCGCAAACUUUACCCUAUCUGUAUUAUAUUUAACUUCCUUUUACCUCUAAAUCAUGAUUUGAAUCAUGAUUUGAAAGUUGUUAGGGGUUAAGAAUUGUAACCCUUGCAGUAAGGUCUCGUCGUGCGCUCGUGCCUCAAAAUUUCAUUACAUAAAACUGACAUCAAACUUAUACUGUGAAUUUAUGUAAGUAGGACUCUAACACAAACUUGAAUUGCUAAAUACUUGCUGUACUCGCCUAAGUUAACAUAGAAUUAAUUUGUUGCCCUAAAGUCAAUGCUACCGAUUUAACUUAAAAGAAAGGUUGGUUCGUUCGAAAGUCGGUCGCUUAAGCUGUCCACCUGCCAAAAAUAAUGUACUUGUAGCAGAUAAUAGAAAAUCUAAACCUGCUAAAAGGUACGCUAGUUUGAAUCGAAUACCUGAAUAGAAUUAACUUUGACCGACCUAAAAGUUAUUUCGUCAGCCCUCCUUUUGUGUCUUUAUUUACUUUGUAAGUUUUUCGUCUACUCAAUGUCCAAAUCCAUAGUAAAGGCUAUUCAAUUCUUCAUUGACUGAAGCUGAUAUGGUCAAAGUAAUAUUUACCAUAAUUUUAUCACGAAAAUAAAGUAGCAAACCGGUAUUUUACCAAUGGUAUCUGGCAUCAUCGCAGAUUUACCUGCUAUAUGCACUUGCUCCCAUCGUAAUUAUUAUAAGAUUAAAAUGAAUAUAAAGGUGAAGUGUGAUACUCACCAAGGUGAAAAUGAGUUUAGCAAUGCAUUAUGGAACUGGAAGAGAAACAAAAUUGAAAUAAAAAUAUAACAAAAAAUAAAGACAAUUGCUUAGGCACGCGUAAACGUUAGCAUAGAAUUUGUAUAUACUGUAGAUCUAUGCAACUUACUAACUAAACGACUACGUGGAGCGCUUGGCGAAAUAGAUCGCACACCUGAAUGGAAUUUAUAUAUUGAUAUAAGAACAAUACAUAUAUUCAUGUGCAUAGAUAUAAACGUGUAUGUAUAUAAACUUUAUUUAUAUACAAAGUUCCUAGAACUUAGAUUAAUGUAUAUAUGGUGUAUUAUGGUAUUAAUGUAUAUAGGGGCAAUAAAGCAUAUAUACUAUACGGUCAAGGAUGUAAACAAUAAACAGCGGACAGUUCGGUCCCUGUUUUGGUAUGAAAGCUCUAGCCACGAACCGCUAUAUUGUCGUUCUUCGAGCAACGGCCUAGUCCUUUAAAAGUUAAUUUGCGCUUAACCAAGCUUGUGGAAGUAAGCGAAAUAGAAAAUAAACAGGCUAGUUGUCGGAAAACUAAACCGAGAACACAAAAACCACCGGUCAGAUUGCCGCGAGAGACAAGCCUGUUGGGUGCCAACUGGUCACAGGAGAAACCAGCUGCAAAGUUGGACGGCAUGAGCUCACGGGAAACCAUUCCUUAGCCAUAAAAAGCCAUAGGAACAGUAUGGUUCUAAACCUGCGUCGUGCAACUUCCCUCGGUUAUUGUGCCGAUGUGCGGAAAAUUACCUCUUAGUUUCUUAGCCAUAGCCGUACACCUACGUCUGGUCAUCUGUAAUGACAUAUUCGAAUAAGUGUGGAAAGUGCCAAAAGGCUUUUUUGACACAGUUCUUCACGAGCGUUCUUUCGCUAAACAUUCAGUGGUGACGUUUAAACUGUCAAAAUGGUCUAACAUGGGCCAAUUAAAACUAAAUACAAUUUUUUUUUUGCUUGCUCUCUUAUAGCGAUUCGGCGGUCGGCAAGCACGAGGCGUCUCACUCUUUUCAUUAUCUCAUUUGUGAUCGUUGUCAUAGGCCUUUUGGAUAAGGAUCGUCUUUAAUAGAUUCCUGUUCAUCUUCGAAACGCGAAAACGUCUGUUCAUUUAUGUCUGGUUGCAGCAGGCCUUCUAAAAUAUCCGCAGAGUGCCAGUGUCGCAAAGAAAUUUUAUUAUUUACACAAAAUCUUAGUUCUUUGCUCCAUUUGGGACGAGUCGCAGAACGCCCAAUAUAUGAUAUUUAUUCAAAAAUCGCCUAAAGACAGUACAAGUAAAAAAUUUACUCUUCUCGAAUAAGCAAACACCACCGCCUGUAAUAGACAAGAAGGACCAGACUCCUUGGAAAAAUAAUUACAGAGGUAAAUAUUGUGAACUGCGGCAAUUCAUAUUGCAUGAAUUACGAAUUUUUUGGGUAGGAAUCACGAUCAUUAAUUGGAAGAAAAACAAAACAAUAUGGGGGGGGGGGGGGUCAGCUUUGGUACGACGGCUUGUCAACACAGACGUUUUACGAAUUUUCAGCGACUAUCGAGCAAGUGGCCAAAAAGUUAAUAUUACCCCAAUUAACGUUAUAUACUAUCACAAUAAAAAACUUCAUCCGAAAAAAAUAAUUUAAUCAAUCGGUGAAAAUCUGUCGUAUGUCGAAAUUAAUAGUAUGAUGAUAUUUCACCAGCCAUUUCACAGGUUAAUCAUCAUGCCUUUCCACUACCUCUUAAGGAAUGAAUGAAUUUGCACAAUAAAAGACUAUCAA